AUGCCCUCCCUCUUCCACAAGCGCCGCGGGUCCGAUAUUCCUGCCGAGCUCACCGACAAAUCCACCCACACACCCGUCACCUCGCACGUCGAUCAGCCCAUGGCGCACUCUUCCCCUCCAACUGCCGGAGGGGGCAAGCUCCGUAGCUUCUUCAAAGGCGGAAUGAGUGACGAGGCCAAGUCGGAUAUGCGGCGCAAGCUGUCUAGUCCGAGCGAGCUGUUCAAGCCCCGCUCAGACCAACCCCGCUCGGAUAUCACAUCUGGGUGGGAAGAGGUCAAUGCGACGCCUCAGCGGAAUGGUGCGGCGGCCGGACGACGAGGCAGCCUAGGCUCUCCAGCCCUGUUCCCGGAGAACUUUAGCUUGUCGCAGUCUGCCUCGCCAGAAGCUUCGCCGGUCGCAGCGAGCAAGCGCGGGAGCAGGCAGUGGGCGCCAUCGUACCCUCUUGUCCUGCCGGAUGAGGACAGCUACGCCGAUAUAGCGCCGGACGGACAAAUCAAUGGGACGAGCCCGCCAGCACCCAGUCCGCUAGCGGGAGGAGGGAUGAGCGAGAAUGAGAAUAGGCGGUCAUUGGAUAUGAGGGGAAAGCUGGCGUCGUGGGAACCGCUCAAGCCGGAUGCGCCAAAAACGGCGGCUGCGCCAGUCACUCCCACUCGGCGGACGGAAGAGUUGCCGAAGAUCGAGGAGGCACCGCGGGCCAAGCCGUCUUUACAGCUGCAGACGCAGAAGGGCGAUAUCGGCACCGGACCACUCAUCGAGCGGGAACCACUAUUGGCGUCUGAAUCUUCUUCUCGGCGGGAGAGCGAGGAGCCCCUCGUUUCCACCCCUACCGCCACCACCCCUUCCGGUCUUACCCCUUCCACAUCUGUAUCCAGACUUGCCUCUCCGACCGGUAGUACACCAAUAAUGUCACCCAUACCAGGCAUGAUCGUCGGUCCCAACGGCAAAAUGCGGCCUGCGAUGCCGUCGAGGCGGACCACGCUCAUUCAGUCGCCUCCCAUGCCACAGCCGAUCAAGAAUUUGCCAACGAUGCAGGGCUGGGCGGGGUUCAAUCAGGCUGCGGGCGGGGCGAGCACGCCAGGAUGGGGCGGGAUGGGCAAGGAGGGAGGUGGAGCAGUCAUGUCGCCAAGGACGCCGGGCGUGCCCCGCACGCCAGGAUGGGGUGGUCUGGGGACGCCUGGAAUGGCUACACCACGCACGCCGGGUGGAGGGGGGUUCCCGUUCUCCAUGCCGGGCUCGGGGUCAAAAGAGAAGGGAAAGUCGGCGUCGUCAGAGGAGGAAUUGAGGAAGAUGAGGAGAGCUAUGCCUGUCAUGCUUCGCCAGGCUUCAACAAAACCCAUGCCCGUCGACGAUGGCGGAGAAGCCGGCGACGACGACGAUGACGAUGAUGGAUCGGAUACCGAGGUGGAAGGUGGGGAGGAAGAUGACGACUCCGAGCCGGAAACGGAAACCGAGCCGUCGCCUAUGAAGAGCAAGGGGAAGGGGAAGGCGAUGAGUCCGCUCGAUCGGCUGAAGGGUAAAGGGAAAGGGAAGGCUUCGACGGCCGGGAAAGUCACGCCGUCGAGCUCGCUCAAGAUCUCGACGGUGACGGAGGAAGAGGAGGGUCCGGCGACCCAGGCCGAGAGCCUGCUGGAGCGGAGAGCACAGCUCAGUCCGCCCCUGCUCAAAUCGGUCUCGCCAGUGCAGGCGGCUGUUCCUCUGCCUCAGGUUCCGGACAAGUCGCCAGCACGGGCUACGGCGCAAACGAAUGGCGAGCCUCAGUGGUCCAUCGGGAAUUCCAGUGGCACCGGAGGCGGGUGGACAAGCUUUGCUUCUACCACUCCCAGCUUGACUCCAUUCAAGCCGGCCGCAAAAACACCCAAGGCUCCGGCAUCGGGUCUGCAGCGAGCGCUCUCGAGUGAUGAGGGAUACUUUGGCAAUGCGGCUGCUACGCCCCCAUCACAGAGCGUCGAGCUGCCGGAGGAGUCCAGUGCGCCGAUCGCUGCUGCCCCGCUCGCUGCGCCUCUCGAUCUUGGCCUCGCUGCCCCGCUUGCACCUGCGACAUCGUCCCCACGGGCAGAGCCACCUCUCGCGUCCCCCUCUUCGGACAUCUCUAGCAAUACCGGCGAGGGCAACGACGGGUCCGACGAAGGCUCCAGUACUCACUCACCAUACACUGCCAAUACGUCGCUGCCGCAGAGCCCGUCCGUUGGUGACACUCGCCCAACCUCAUCCACUCGCCCAUCAUUCUACAGUCGGGCAUCCCAGUCCCUAGUGGAUCUGCGUCGGCCGGAACCGGAGCGAGAAACAGAAAGUCCCGAACCGCCUCUUGCGCUAGCCAACGAUCUAGCAAUGGAGCCUACCCUCGUCUCUAGCUCGGAACUCAUGCCCCGCCUGACACCCAUCACAUCCGGCGAAGCUGUCCGGUCCGCGGACAUGCCCCAACGCAUCGAAAUGCCCGCGCACCAGAGCUUUCUGUGGGAAGCAGGUGCUCAGACUCCAGGCUGGCUUCGGGCACCGCCUACACCGUCCACGCCGGGCGGAGCGAGCAAGGUCUUCUGGGCAAGAGGGAAGGAGGGGUCCGAGACCAAACUCAAGUCAGAGACCAAAGUCAAGCGGAGGAGGUCGAUGGGGGAUGUCGGGGACUCGGAGCCCGAGCCGCCAGGAUAUGAGCCGCCUCACCCGGGUGUGGUCAUCCCCAAGCCGAGGGAGGAUGAGGGGAGGGAGGUCCUGCCGGGGUACUGGUGUGCUGUUCAUAUCGAAGGGAUGUUAUCCCGCAAAAUGGAAUUCACCGCUCCAGGCGUACAGGCCCGCGAUCGGAGCUGGAAGAAAUACUACUGUAUCCUCCGCGGAACUGCCCUUACGCUGUACAAAUUCGACCCGCACCGCUUCGUCCCGAGGGAAGGUGCACCGCCCGGCAUCAGCCCCAUCGCCGAGGACGACGAUGAAGAGUACCUCCACGUUCAUAUUCCGGCGGACCAGCAGCGUCGGGCGAGCGCAUCAUCGGGUACCUCGGGUGCAUACGGUGCUGGUGGUCGCAGAGGGAGUGUGAGCGAGGCGGUCAUGGCCGGUGUAGCCGCGGGAGGGGGCAGGCGGGGAUCUACCAAUAGUCCCCUCAACCCCGUGGCCGACCGGACACGCGCGGGCAGCGUAUCAGGUCUUCCAGCGGGCUUUGACCCGGGACGUCGAGGAUCUCUCACUGGCCUUGGGUCAAGCACCAGCGUGUCCGACUCUUCCCGGCGGACAUCCGUAUCUGGCGGUUCAGCAUCCACAUCCAACGCCUCUCUCGCUACGCCCGCCUCUGCUGCGAGUUCCGAGAAGGAUCCAGCCUUGUUCGCCAAGUCGAAUCGCCGUCCCUCGGUCGGUGCGACCACGAUUGCCGCUCCGUCCAGCUCGGGUGGUACCACCUCCGCGCUGGCCCACUUCCAGACGAACCAUCUCGUCCGGCAGUAUACCCUUCAGAGCGCCGAGAGUGGACUGGCGGCGGACUAUGUCAAGCGGAAGAAUGUGGUCAGGAUCAGGUCGGAGGGGGAGCAGUUCUUGUUGCAGACGGAGGGUGCGAGAGAGGUUGUUGAUUGGAUCGAGGCAUUCCAAGCGGCCACCAAUGUCGCUCUCGAUCUGGACGACCGACCCAUGCCAAAGAUCAUCACCCUUCCCAGGAGACGUCGGAGACGGCCUGCUGCGGGCGCUGCAGCAACAGCGGCAGCGGGGGCGGUACCAUCUACCGUGGCGGACACGCCCGAGGCGAACGUGCGUGCUGUGCAAGAGGCGGAGAGGGCAGCGAGGGCGAUGGAUCGAGAUCUAGUGGCGGAUCAGGCGAAUCAGUAG